AUGGAUGCGACACAGGCAGAGCAUGCGCGGCAAGUCCGCGAAGCCACCCUGGCCCAGAUCACCGCCUUGGUCGAGUCUGACAUGAAGGCAUUGCGCCAGCGGACCCCAGACCAUGUGCUCAAGGCCAUCGCUACGGCAAAGGAUUUGAAGUACGUCAAGGACCGGCAGACGCAAGGCGACAACUUUGUGCAAACGUGGAUGGCCGAGUACUGCCACUGCGAGAUGCUGGACGAGACGCUCAGCUGCAAAGGCAACAAUGUCCUGCCCAACGUGCUCAAGUUCCUGGGCCAGUUCCGUGGCAUUGCAGGCACGCAGUAUGUGCUGUGCCUUUGCGAUUACACGGUGCUGCCAGCGAAUGUGGAUUACGUGAGGGACUCUGUGGAGCUGCUGGCAAACUUGCUUGCCAGCAGCUCCAACAACCUGGGCCACUUGCAGCUUCCGCUGCCGCAGCGUUCGAUGGCUUCCUCAACGAGCGUCAAGCACAGGCGGACCGUGGAGGAUUUGUUGAUGAAGGCGAAGAUCAACGCGGACUCCGUGACAGCCCUGCUCUUCGAGAAGCCUGCCGACGCAAGUGCAUCUGACAAGCGGUCCCUGACACAAACCUGCUUGACCUGCCUCUUCAGUGGUUUCGAUGCAACAAGCUGGACCGCUUCGCGAGUUUUGCAAGAGUGCCGAAUGGGACCCUUCCCGCUCCUGAAAGUCGCGGACUUCCUGGGCUACGAGAACUCGCGGAAGGGAGUGCCGCUGCAUGAGGGCAUCCUCGAUGCUUUCAUGGAUGGCAUGGGCUUCGGCGAAACGGACCGGCUGGUGAUCGUGGACCUCUGCCCCAACAGGCAAGCCGAGUUUGCCCGCGCGGCCGUGAACAAGAUGAUUGAAACCGAGGGCAAGAGUUGCAUGCGCUACGUCGGCCUCUUCCGCCCGGAGCAUGCUGACGUGAAAGCCGACCUCAGCGGCAAGAUCUACUCCUGGUGGGAUAGCAGCAGCGCCGCCCCUGCAAAGAGGCGCACUCGAGAUGAUGUCGAUUUGGACGCGGUGGCCGUGCCGCUGCAGAUCCUUUCCCUCCAGGGCUCCAAGCCCGUAUGGCCGUCUUCGCUUGAGGACAAGUUUCCGGCCGGCACCCCGGAGCAUGCAAAGCUCCUGCUAUUGAACCAGGAGUUUUUGAAGGAGUUCCCCAAGCCACGAGCUCUGAGCCAGGUGGGCCGACAGGCCUCUUCGGUCAGCCAGCUGACCCAGCGCCUGGCUGCGGAGUGCGACUACUCGCAGGAUGGAGAGCCGCUGGACCUUGAGCGGUGCGUGGACCUCGCAACGGUCCCCGUGGCAGAGCUGAAGGAGACCGUGCUUGCCAUGGUCACUGGGCGCCCCGGCAAGCCCAGCAUCAUGAUCACGGCCGAGUACGGCUUGUGGAUCGGCAACACCAGAAACGUGCUGGAGGAAAGCUCCGGGGUGCCCUGGCGAUUGGGCAGCGACAAGGAGCUCAUUGUCGUGAACAAGGCAACAUUGCCACUAUGCGAAUUGCUGCGGCUGAAGGCCACGGAGGAGGGCCUCGUGAAUGUGGAGGUGGAGUCCCACGUGGUGCUGCCCAAGCCUCCGACUGCUGCUGCGGCAGACGAUGCUGAGACCCAGCUUGAUGAUGACGAAGCCCUAUUUGGGUUCAGAUAUGAUGUGGCCCCGACCGUGAGCUGCAAGACGAGUGUCUUCAAGCCAGCAGUGUUGAGCAAAGAGGAGACAGAGACAGUCCGUGCUGUCUCCCUCGCCGCUCUCUUCAGUGGUAACUAUGACCGCUUGCCCCGCAACAAGAUUGCCACUGUGGCUUGGGAGGCCGUGGUGCUGCAACCACUGAAAGGUUGUCGGGCAUCCUCUGUGGAGUCAGUCGUGACCGUGAGCGGGACACCGCCCAAGAUCAUGCCGAUCAAGCCGAAGAUCUACUUGACCUGCAGCGUGCGACUGCCUCCGCAAAGUUGGUGCAAGGUCAGCUCCUGA